GGUCGGACCUGAGUCAUCCCUGGUCUGGAGGUGUCAUUAUCUCUGAAAUUCUCUGCAUCACUUCAUUGUCGUAUUCUGAAGAACGGGAAGCAGUAUGACAGGGUCCCAACCAGAUCCCGCUAUCGACAAGCGAGACUUUGACGCCCAUCGCCCGUUAUUAAAUGAUGUCGAGGCCAGGACGGACGAGCAGCAGCCACACCUCCGAUCGCGCCCGGGAUCAAGACUUUCUGCCACCAACAAUGACGACGGUCUUUUGAAUGAUGUCGUCGACGAAAUACUAGAAAGGGAUCGAAGAAAGAUGGCUAAAGAAGUGGUGCGAGUGUGCAGUUUUGCUUGGGGCGUUAUCAGCUGCCUGGGAGCUGGUAGCAUUACUGCCUUCUCCCUCUAUGGGCCUCUGUUGCUCACUCGCCUUCACUACACUCAACUCCGAGUCAAUUCUGUUGCGAUCGCUGCCGAGGUCUCCAUGUACCUACCAGUCCCGUUGUUCGGAUAUCUCUGCGAUCGUUACACCCCGUCACCCCUGGCUUUAUUCUCCGGGUUCGUGUUUGGUGGAGGCUAUUUCUUGGCUGCACUGGCCUACAAGAGUGGACCACCUCCCGAUGCAGGUGGUGAGGGUUGGCCGUUCUGGGUGAUGAUUGUGGCAUUCAUUGCCAUUGGUGUGGCCACCAGUUGUAUGUACCUGGCCGCAGUCGCAACCUGUGCGAAGAAUUUCGGUCGGGGUAAGCACAAGGGGAUCAUGCUGGCUGUUCCUAUUGCAGGAUUUGGCCUUAGUGGCAUGUGGCAGAGCCAAGUGGGAACUUACUUGCUAUAUGAGAGGCUUGAAGAUGGCACGCGUGGUGAUGUUGAUGUGUACAGAUACUUCCUGUUCCUCGCGAUACUACUGUUCUGCAUUGGCAUCAUCGGCACUUUUGCCCUUCGCAUCGUGGAUGAAGAUGAAGAAAAAUACAUCGAUGAGGCUGUCGAGGAACUCGAACGAAGUGGUCUUCUUGAAGAAAGCGAGUUUUUCCGAUCCAGAAGCGAAGUCGGCGCUGCCUAUGGGACUUUCCCGCAGGCCGACGAUGGCACUGAAUCUGAUGGGGAUCGAACACUGGCGCUGUCAGAAGAGGAGCGGGAAGCAGCAAGACUCGAGAAGGAAAGAGAGGAAGAGGAGCGCCGUAAGAAAAACUGGCUGCUGAACUACGAGACCAGGAUCUUCCUCCAGGAUAAGUCAAUGUGGUGGCUUGCGGCGGGCUUCUUCCUGGUUACUGGGCCAGGAGAGGCUUAUAUUAACAACCUGGGCACCAUCGUCCAAACAUUGACCCCCAUUUCGAACCCCCCCAACGCUGCACCACCAGCAGGUCUGCCGUCAACACACGUCACCACCAUUGCGCUGACCUCAACCAUCGCCCGACUCUUGACCGGCUCGCUCUCCGACCUAUUUGCCCCUCCAGCAGUCCAUCUCUUCCCCAGCAGUCUAGAAAGCAACCGUCCCAGUUCCCCCACAUCAACGGGCAACCGCACCACCUUCACCCGCCUCGCAUUCCUCCUCCCCUCUGCCUUUCUCCUCUCCCUCGGCUAUCUUCUCCUCUCGUCCCCGCUCCCCCUCCAACACCCUGGCCUCACCCACAUUUCCACCGCACUGAUCGGCCUCGGCUACGGCAGUGCCUUUUCCCUCGUACCUAUCAUCAUCUCCGUCGUCUGGGGCGUCGAGAACUUUGCCACAAACUGGGGCAUCGUUGCCAUGGUUCCAGCUGCCGGAGCAGCAGCCUGGGGUCUUGUUUAUUCGCAAGGAUACCAAGACGCCACGGAUGGUGGUAACGGCACGACGGACGGACAGUGCCAUGGCUGGAAAUGCUUUGGGUUCUGGGCCGUGGGAUGCACAGUGAGUGUUUGGAUAGCUAUUGGAGCUUGGUUGAUUGCCUGGAGAUACUGGAGACGACGAGGAGUGGUUGUUUAAUCAACCUGUUUGGGUGUUUGCUUCUUUUGUUUGUUGGUAUGACUUCGUCUAAAUUGGAUCUUUGGGACGAACGCGCAAAUUGCAUCUCUCUCUCUUUUUCAUUCCAUUUACAUUUUCUAUUUGGUUGGUAAGGGAGUAAUAAGGCAGCUGUCAUUUAUUCAUCUUGGAUUCAUUUUUCUAUCUGAUGUUCAUCUAUGC